AUGUCGUCUCCCGCCCGCGACGACGCCCAGGCUUCGCGCCUCGAUGCCGAUCAAAUGUCCACGCGCAGCUCAGUCUACGCCUCAGACAACGACACGGAUUCUACCGAGACACGCAUCCAGCGCAAUAAAGAAAAACAAACUGUUCGACUCAUCGCCUUCAUUUCGGCCAAUAUUAUCGCCCUCGCUUGCGGUUCCAUCGUCGUAUUCUCCCUCUACGCGCCUCUUCUACAGUCCCGUCUACACUAUUCUCAGUUCCAGGUCAACGCUGUAGCCAUCGCAGGCUCUGUCGCCUUGUACCUUCCUAUUUCGGGCGUCGGAUAUAUAUGUGAUCGCGUUGGUCUAAAACCGCUUGCACUCGCAGGAGGAAUCCUGUUCGGCAGCGGUUAUGGAAUUGCAGCGGGUGUAUAUAGGAAGUUGGACUUGGAGUACCGCAGUCAUCCUGGAUAUCGGGUUAAUGGCGACUGGUCGCUUCCAUUCUUGAUGUUCUCGUUUGUCUGCGUUGGUGUGGCGACUUGCUGUCUUUACAUGGCUGCUGUGUCGUCGUGCGCAAAGAACUUUGGAAAAGGUCGAUACAGAGGUUUGGCGCUCGCUACACCGAUUACUUGUUUUGGGCUGAGUCCCAUGUGGCUGAGUCAAGCGGGAACCCGACUGUUCUCCGAGCCGCGAUCAGACGGUGGGAGGGGCGAUUUGGAUGUAUACCGCUAUUUCAUCUUCCUCGCUAUCCUCACCUUUUCCAUGGGUAUUCUUGGUACCUUUACACUGCGUAUUGUAGAUGAAGAUGAGCUUAUUGAUGAGGCUAUCGAGGAGCUGGAACAGAGCGGACUGCUGGACGGUAGCUCUUUGCUCAGCCGGACCGAGCGGAACUAUGGUGCAACUGGUGAAGAAACAGAGACCUCGGCACUACUUGAAGCAUCGAAAGAUGAAGCCAAGUGGAAGAAGAACUGGGUUCUCAACGCUGAAACGCGUUCCUUCCUUGCUGACCGCACGAUGUGGCCAUUUGCCCUCGCUUUCUUGCUCAUCGUUGGACCAGGCGAGGCUUUUAUAAACAACCUUGGUACGAUCAUCGGGACGCUUACGCCGCCAGAAAUGGAGGGCUUGAGUCAUCGUACUUCUGCGGCGACACAUGUGUCUAUCUUUGGUGUAACCAACACUGCUUCGCGAAUCUUCAUUGGUACUCUGACAGAUUUACUGGCACCCUAUCCCCAGACACAGCAUGUUCAAGGGCCACAGACUCGUUCGGCAGUGAGCAGCCGCUUCUCCAUUUCCCGAGUCGCAUUCAUGGCAUUUUUCGCCAGCAUGCUUUCCAUUGGCCUUCUCAUUCUCGCCUCAGGUCUGGUACAGAACCAUGCUGAGCGCUUCUGGCUUGUCUCUGGUCUUGUUGGCGCAGGUUAUGGAGCUAUCUUUAGUCUUACACCUCUCAUUGUGACGAUUAUCUGGGGCGUUGAGAACUUCGCUACCAACUUUGGCAUCAUUGGCAUGCUUCCCGCUGCCGGAUCAACAUUUUGGGGACUCGUCUACUCAGCAACGUACCAGAACGGAGCCAACAACUCAAAGGCCGCGCCUGGUGGUGAAGACCGGGGCGAUUUGUUCUGCUACGGAGAGCAGUGUUAUGCUCCGACGUACUGGGCUGAGACCAUUACAGUGUGGGUUGCAGUUGGAUUAUUGCUCUGGGCUUGGAAGGGCAGAGGCGGUUGGGCGCAGCGUGGAAUCAUCAUCUAG